ACCUGCUUCCGGUGUAAACAUGGUCUGAAUUUAGAAAUGUGAUCAAGAUUUUUUUUUCAUAUUUACACAUUGGAAUGGCAUCUUCAAGAUCCAUGUCAACACCCGGUAGUGCAGGGAAAAAGAGUGGCCAACACAAAUCAGUGAAAAGUUCAUCAGAAACUUUGAUGAAUACAAAACCUCAAAAGCUAUCAAGACCAUCUGAUAAGCUUAAUCCAAAGACUGUUAAUCCAUUUGCAGCCACCACAAAAAAUCAGUCUGCCUUUGCAUCUGUUUAUAUGACUGGUGGUCUUCCUUGCAGAUUGGUGCAUGGUUCUGUGAAACACAAGUUACAGUGGUCCACUCCACCUGAUGAACUCCCAUUUGAUCCAGUUCUAGUCACUCUUGCUGAUGGCCUGAAGGAGACUGUACAUCCCUAUACAUUUGUGUCCCGGGUUGGCUUCCAGGAAAUGUUAGAGGUGGACGGAGCCCAACAGAAAGUCCUGCCUAUCUUGCCAAAAAUCACUUUCUCCAUUAGAGCUGCACUGAGCCACAAAGAAAACUCGGUGUUUGAAGGCGGCCUUGAUGCUUUAGUUCAGUUGAGUGAUGUUGUGGGACCAGAGCUUAAUCAACAUCUUAAGACAAUAUUAGUACCAGUAUCAAAGAGAAUGAUGGACAAGAAAUAUAAGGAUCGUAUCACUGAGGUGGUGCAGCGAUUGGAACAAAAUGGUGGAAAGGACUCACUUUUGAUUCUGAAAUCCAAAAUUCCUACCUAUUCCUCCAUAUUUACCUGACCUGUUUGGUUUGUGCAUUAGAGGGGAGAGAACUCCAUCCAGCAUUGUCCAACUUCAGACAAGGCCUUUUAUUCCAUGUUUACCUGGUACAUGUCUAGAUCAGAAAUACAUGUACUGGUUAGUUUGGUGCUAUGACCUAGUAAGGGUUAAAGUUUCUUUUAUUGUUUCUUCUUUUUAAUUUAGUAAUUUUGUAGAUUGAAUCAUAAUUUGUGCAGGACAAUUUAUGAACUACAUUUAGUGUGAUUUAUUCAAUUUCUUUGGAUUAAAAAAAAAAGUGGAGAAUUUUAUUACGUCUUAAUUGUCAUCAAUGACCAUGAGAGCAUACAAAAUAUCAAUUAUGACAAUUUUAAACAGACAUGUACAUGGAAUCAAGUUACUUUUUGGUUUAUUUGUUGUUUUGUUGAAUCCAUUAUGAUUGACAAUGAAUUUUCAUUUUAACACU